AGCGCAACUGUUUGGGGAGCGGUUUCGACAGCAUAAUAAGAUAUAACAACAACAAGAUUGAUGACAAUAGCGGCCUCAACUAUGACUUCAUCGACAACGCAGAGGGCGAUGGAGGCGGCGGCCAUGUAGGAAGCUGCCAUGCUUGGAGAGGUGGGACCCGCGCUGGAGAUGAUGCAGAUGUAUAGGCAAUAAAUAGAGGAGAUCUACGCGAUGCUUAUUCAACAUCAACACAAUCUACCAGCGGACCUUCUGGAGGAGGGUGAGGAGUUGUUCAGUGGUUGGGAGAAGGAGCUUCGUGAAAAUCUUCCUUUUCAACCGUUGGGUGCCAUCGAAAAAGCACAGGUGACGGCGGAGUUGGGGGGUUGUAUUGAAGUGUUGGGGAAAGUGAAGGGAAUCCUCGUCGAACUUUGGGAGGGGUUGCAUGGCGUGGGACCUGAGGAGGGGCAGGUGCUGCGUGUGUCGCAGGAUUGUUUGUAUGAAGCAGAUGACGCUUGUAUCCCGGCUGCUUUCCUUAUUGAGGAGGUUGCAAUUUGCUGUGAGAAGCCUGAGGAGGGGCAGGGUUCUAGCGGCGAACUGGAGGAGCGUUCGUUUGUGGGUGACGAGGAUUGCCCUCGGUUGGAGGGAGGGGUUAUUGCCAUGUGUGAGAAGCAUAAUAACAACAACAACAACAACAAUAACGACAACGUCUUCAAUUUUAGUGAUAUCGACGAUGGGUUUACGCUGUUUGUGGCUCAAGGCGACGCUGAUUUCAUGUGCAACAACGAUAAUAACAACAGUACAGACAAAAGCGAUGUUAACAAUGAUGAUGACAACAUUCGUAUGGACGAAAACGAUGACAAUAGUGAUUGUGCUAGUGUUGUUUUCACUGGUAGGAACAACAACAUUAGGUAUGAUGAUAAUAACUGUGACAACAAUAAUAAUAACAGCAUAGUUGCCGGUAGCAUGAUCGGGAACGUCAUCGAUUGCAUUGAUUAUCAUUGCAAUAACAGUAUUGACAAGGACAAAACAGUUGGCGACAACACAUAUGAUAAAGGCCAAGAUAAUUGGCAUGUUCUCUCCCCCUUUCUUCACCUUUCCUUCUCUCUUUGCUGGUCUUUCUUGAGGGUUGAUCAGGGCUCUAGGCGUGAGGGGUGGGUGAUGGGAAGGUUUGGGGAACAGGAAGAUUGUGCAGCGAAGAGGGAAGUUGGAUGGUGGCGAGUAGGGGUGGGAUAGGGUUGCCUUGGAUAACUGGGUCGCACAGGGCAGCGCGUGAGAAUUUGGUCUUAUCGUGCCCUUUUAGGGUUGCGUGACUACUCAAGUUUGUCAAGAGGGCAAUCGAAUACGGUAACCUAAGCCUUGUGCGGUCUUUUGAAUACAGGAUUGAGCAGGUGGCGAGGAAUUUGUCGUGAACUGCUACGUGGCUACCUACCUCCCUUUCGAGAUGAAUUUGCAUGAACUACGGCCUCUUUUGAUUACCCCUCUUCCUUAUCGAUCGAGGUGUUGUUCAAUAGGCAAAGAGUGACAGUUGAAGGUUUCGAUGGGGGGUUGCGUCAAUUGAAUUUUUAUCUUCCCUAUUGCUGACUACCUCUUUUCCUCAUGGCACGUUAACGAAUCAUGUGGUAGAUGAGGAGGAAUUUAGAGUAGGGAUAUGAUUUUGGAUUUGGAUGGGCAGUUAAUCCCCUCAGUUGAGGGAAAUGUUGCUCAUCGGGUGUCAGGAGUGCCAACGUGUCGGUUUCGAUGAUUAGCAGGACACGUGGCUUGCCCAUAUGAGCUCGAAUAUCUCCAUAACAAACACAAACACUUUAA